GAUUUCGCCAUGGCCACCAUUGCCAGCAGGAUGCGAGCGUCAGUGCCGGCCCUUACCCACGCCACGCAACAGCCGCCAUCCGCUCAGCUCAAUGUAGAUUCCUCCGUGGCCUCUCGCGUCUCGCUUGCGCAGACGCUGCUGCGUUUCAAAGGGUCUUAUGAGGCGAGACCACUAGUAGGACCGCUGCGGCCACUGGCUCUACUAAAGACGUCCGUAUCUCCCGUCGCGACACGACUAUCUGCAGAAUCACGGAAGCCGGCAGGAACCUUCUCUUCUUCUUCCACCCCUCCUCAAGCUGCGGAUUCGCGACAUUCCGAUAGUGUCACAUCCCCUUCCCUAUCGCGCGCAAUCCCCACACUCGCUUCAGUCACAGCCUUGAGUGCUGUCGUCGCCCCUUCAGCCGUUGCUGCAGUGAAUAGUGCUGAAGUCAGCUCGUUAGCAGCAGCCGCGGCGGGGACAGCUGGCGAUGGCGCAUUGGCCCUGAAUCAGCUGCUGCUGCUCGGCGCGCUCUCAUUGGCUGACGAGCCCUCCAACGCGCUGUCUCUGCCCACGUGGAUCAUCCACGUGGCAAGCGUGGUGGAAUGGGUUGUGGCCAUGGCGCUGGUGUGGCAGUACGGUGCACCGGAGCACCGAAGGGCGUGGAGGGGGCUGGCAUGGGCCAUGGUGCCGCUGCUUAUGGGCGCCAUGUGCGCAUGCACGUGGCACUUCUUCUACAACUCCCCUCAGCUAGAGUUUCUGGUGGUGCUUCAGUCAUUCAUGACCCUGGCUGGAAACUGCACGGUCUGUUUUGCUGCCUUCCGAAUUUACCAAGCGUCAUCCAAGCCUUCCUGAAAGCGACCUUUAGGUUGACUCAAAAGCAUCCUCAAAAGCUUUCUGAGGGGGGUGCUCUAAGGCGUCCUCCUAAAGCAAUGGUUCGGUCAUGUGCACACUUUCAUUUUUUGCUGCCUUCCGCGCCUACCACUCAUCCUCCAACGUUGCCCCAUAGGAACGUGUGUUUCGAACCCCCUAAUCCAGCAUAAAAUUCUUAUUCGCUGCCUCGGUGUUUCAAUACCCCUAAUGAACACUCCUUUUGUUAUUAGUCUCAAAACUUCCCUAU